GCGACGGCAACCCGCAAGGCUCUGUUUGUAUUUUGCAGACGUUAAAAUUCUCGCUUUGCUUGUUUCCCCCCUUUUUUAAGCCCUGGAAGUAUUCUUAUAUUUCAACACAAGGACGUGUUGUGUAGCUGCGCGAAGAGCGACCUCGACUUUAGUAGACAUGUGUAGAAGACAAGACUGUCCAUUAAAGAGCCUCUUCACGGUUUUGGUUCUUGCUGCUGUUGCCGUGACCGAAAUGCAUGGACAAGGUCUGAAGGAAAGCAAUGGCAUCAGUAAGAGAACGCUGGACUCAGAGAGGGACUUCUUCAUACACUCACCAACGCAGGACACAGAGAGCGAAGUCUACUUGGUUACCACUGUCUCACCAAUGAACAUCCCCAACCACCGGCCUGUCCUCAAGGGCCUGCUGCUUCACGAGCACCUACUUACAAGGGACUUCCAGGGGGACCAGCACUUUUUUAGGAGGGAUGGCUCUGUGGCUGCAUUUCCCACCAUGCCAGGCUCCGUGUCUGCCUCGGACGCAGGAGACCCUGCCACCCAGCUGGUGCCCCAUGAGGAUGCCCCAGCCUUCUCAGACAUUGCCACUACUGCCACUCUGGCUGCCACCUCUCCACUGACCACAUUUUCUCCCACAACACCAGGGCCAUCCAUGUCUCUCCCUCAAAAGAAGUCCUCUAAGGAGAAGACCGGGGGGGCAGACAAGGUAGAGCCAACAACAGACACCCUUACCACCCAAGUGACUCCAAAUAAUAGAGGUUUUGGAAGUGAGAACAACCCAGCGGCUUCCUCAUCAUCGCAGAGAAGUCAGAGUCCUUUUCUGGUAGGCGCCACCCUUGCACCCUUCUCAGUGAGGAUGGAGAAAAGUGAAGCACCACUAAAAUACAAAAGCAACCCUGAUCAGCCACUCCCCACCCUAACUGAAGUGUCCCGGGCAGAGGGCGCCACCACAAUGUCCACGACCGUCAUCACGACUACCACCAUCACCAUCACACAAACAUCAGAGUCAUGCGGUCUGAAUUUCACUGACCCUGAGGGUAACAUCGAGAUCCAGCAGCAACUUGACUCCGGAGUGGAGUGCAACUACUUGGUUACCGUCUACCUGGGAUAUGGCAUCGAGGUUCAGGUGCUAAAUGUGAGCGUGUUGGAGGGGGAGCAGGUGACAGUGGAGGACACUGGGGGCCAAGAACCCCUCAUCCUGGCCAACGAGUCAGUCUUGGUGAGAGGCCUUGUUCUACGCAGCUGGAGCAACCAGAUCUCCAUCCGUUUUCGUAGUGACCAACAGCACAACUCCGGAUUCCUCCUGCUGCAUUACCAAGCCUUCGUGCUGAGCUGUGCGUUCCCCAAAGAGCCAGCUGGUGGGGAAGUGUCGGUGACACACCUCCACGCUGGAGGAGAGGCCUACUUCCGCUGUUUCACCGGCUACAAGUUGCAAGGCCCCAAAAUGCUCACCUGUCGCAAUGCAACCACACCUUACUGGAGUGGGAAGGAGCCCCAGUGUGUGGCAUCCUGCGGGGGAAUGAUAAAAAAUGCUACCUAUGGCCGUAUUGUCUCUCCUGGUUUCCCUGGCAACUACAGCAACAAUCUGACGUGCCACUGGGUCCUGGAGGUCCCUGAAGGCCACAGGCUUCACAUUCACUUUGAGAAGGUGGCUCUGGCAGAGGACGAUGACAGGCUGAUGAUUAAGAAUGGCAACAACAUUGACUCUCCCCCUGUGUACGACUCCUAUGAGGUGGAGUAUUUGCCCAACGAGGGUGUGCUCAGCACCGGACGUUACCUCUUUAUAGAGUUCACCACAGACGGGACAGUGACUUCCACUGGCGCAGCCAUCAGAUACGAAGCUUUUGCAAAAGGAAUGUGCUACGAGCCUUUUGUGAAAUACGGCAACUUCAGCAGCAGUGACUCCACUUACAGUGUGGGAGCAGUGGUUGAAUUCUCAUGUGACCCUGGCUACACGCUAGAGCAAGGCUCUGUGGUGAUUGAGUGUGUGGACGCACAAAACCCACAGUGGAAUGAGACUGAGCCGGCCUGUAGGGCUGUGUGCAGUGGGGAGAUCACAGACUCGGCCGGUGUGGUGUUGUCUCCUAAUUGGCCUGAGGCCUACGACAAGGGGCAGGACUGCAUCUGGGGCAUCCAUGUGGAAGAGGACAAGAGGAUCAUGCUUGACAUCCAAGUUCUCCAUGUGGGUAAGAAUGACCUGCUGACCUUCUACGAUGGUGAUGACCUCACAGCCAACAUCCUGGGUCAAUACAGCGGCACACGGUCACGCUUCAAGCUCUACACGUCCAUGGCUGAUGUGACUAUUCAGUUUCAGUCAGAUCCUGCCACCAACAUCUACGGAUACAACAACGGCUUUGUGGUCCACUUCUUUGAAGUGCCGAGGAACGACACGUGCUCUGAGCUGCCGGAGAUCACCAAUGGAUGGAAGAGCACGUCCCACCCUGAUCUAAUCCAUGGUACCGUCAUCACCUACCAGUGCUACCCCGGAUACGAGCUGGUCGGCUCUGAGAUCCUCAUGUGCCAGUGGGAUCUCUCCUGGAGCGGCGAUGUGCCGAGGUGUGAGGAAGUUAUGACGUGUCACGACCCUGGAAACGUGGAACACAGUCGCAAGGUGAUGACGGGCAGCCGCUUCGCUGUCGGAUCCACUGUGCAGUUCAUCUGUAACAAAGGCUACAUCCUGUCCGGCAGCGGCCUCCUCACCUGCUACAACCGAGACUCAGCCACGCCCAAGUGGAGCGAGAGGCUGCCCAAGUGUGUCCCUGAAAAGUACGAGCCGUGCAGGAACCCUGGUGCUGCUUCCACCAGCGUGCAGAGCUCUGAAAAGGCCUUUUACCAAGCAGGAGAGACGCUGACCUUCUCCUGCCACUCAGGCUACGAGCUGCAGGGAGAGGCCACCAUCUACUGCGUCCCUGGACACCCAUCACAGUGGAACAGCACUCCCCCCGCCUGCAGAGCAUCCUCGACCCAGUAUGUGAAUGAACGCAGGCUGGAUGUUGUUAAUCUGGAUUAUGGCAUGGAGGGAACCAAUAUUGCCCUUGCAGUUUUUGUUCCAACUGCAAUCAUCCUGGUGGUUGUCCUCGGGAUUUAUGUCUACUUCUCAAAGCUACAAGGGAAGUCUAUCAGAAUGCCGACAUCCUCGCCACCGUAUGACAACAUGACGGAAGAGUCAGCUUUCGACAACCCGAUAUAUGAGAGUGGAGUAAGUACAGAUGUCAUGAGCAUGCAAGACGUGGAUUCACAGAACACCAGUGUGCUGUCCUGA